AUGUGCAUAUUCCUAACAAAGAACAGCUACGCCGCCGAAAUGAGCGGCAAAAAAUCGAUCUCGAGGCAAGAAGGACGGGAAUCGAUGGUUGAGUGCCCAGUACACAACCCUAAGAAGCGGAGCGGCCGUGUGUCUAACAAGCGCAACGACACGCCUGAGAAACCUUCUAUAAACCUCGGCGCCCUAUCAAGCCGAGCUGAGGAGGAUGUACACAACGUAAUAGAGAAGAGCCAGUUGGCCACCACAUCGCAGCCCUCCACCUCCGAACCUUCCAAGAGUUUGGCCGAUGCAGAUCCGGAAUUUGAGGUCACGUCAUCCGGCAGCAGCGACAAUGGCGCCGCUUAUGAGACGCACCACUACGUUGAUGACGUAAGAGGUGACUGGUUUGGAGCAUGGAGCGUACAGAGCCUACUGACGCCGCCUGACGAGCUAAUGAGAACGCUCUCCAUAGCACCACGCACGAAGACGAGCGCCACAAUCAAGGCGUUGGAAUACACAUCGGAGCGCUCCGAACGCAUCAUUGACGUGCUCAAAACGCAGCUUGCCGAACGCGAUGACUCCAUCGCGAAAAUGGUAAAAUAUGUCGACGUGCUGGAGGAAUGGAAGAACGAGCUGGACCACGGACAAAACGUGCUCGCUCGGGAGCAAAACCACGAGUAUGUGGCGCAAAUUUCGCUUUUGAAGGAAAAGUUCGCCAAGAAGUCCCAAGAAUGCCAGACACUCAAAAGCAAACUUCAAGCCAUGGAGCAGGAGCACAUGCUCAAAGACAGUGAGCUCAAGAAGGCCAACGUCAAGAUAAACGAAUAUCGGCAAAAGGCAAACACGCUCUCUGUGCAGCUUGAAGCGGCGACAGCGGACCGUGGCACAUUCAACGCCUCUCUGCAGCAGCUCAAGAGGUCCUUCAAGGACCGUCAAAACGACAUGAAGCUCGCACUGGACAAGGAGUACCAAAGCCAGAUUGUGUACUUGCUGGACCAAAUCGAGGCGCAUAAGAAGCAGAAUGAGAGGAAGGACAAAAAAGCUGAGCAGAUCACAGCUGUGCUGAGAAAGGCUGAGCAAGAGUGCUCCAAGCUGCGCGCUACCAUAAUGCACCUGAACCAGAUGCUAGAUGAAAAAGUGGAAGAGGUGAAGAGCCUGCGUGACGCCAUGCUGGAUCUCGAGGAAAGGAUAUUCAAGGACGACCAGAAUGCUUCCUCGCGCAUCUCAGCGGCACUGGCGGCUAUCGACGGUGCGCGCAAAGAGAACGCCGAAUUAAAGGCCAGAAAUCGGGAACUGCGUAAGGAGCUCGAUGCUUGCCUUGCGAAGCUGGCAACUUUGCACGAGAAAGGUGUAGCUGUGACGGACGAUAAACACGUCAAACCCCCUAAAUGA